AUGACCGCCUCUCACUUACUUACUGGUUUAACUGUCCGUGAAGAAAUCGCAGACACGAUUGCUCGAGCUUGUUUAGGACUUGACAGAAACGACAAACAUCUUUAUGACUCAGCUUGGGCUUCCGAUCCUGAGAUCUCCAUUAAUCUCAACGGAAACGUUUUAAAUGGUCCCGAAGGAAUUAAACAGUGUUUUGAGGCAAUCGGUCCUAUGGACUCUCAUCAUUUUGUGAGCGGCAUCCGUGUCGACGUUGAAGAGGAUGCAAAUGUUGCUAGUCUCACUUCGAAUGCUAUGGCCAAGCAUUACAGGGCUGGCGAAGGUUUGGUUCCAAAUGCUGAGUAUUUGUUGGCAGGAACUGCCUACGAUAUCAGGGUCGUUAAGGAGACUAGUGGACAUUGGAAAAUGAAGAGCUGGAUUAUCAAAGUAAUCUGGGCAGAGGGCAAUUGGGAUGUGAUGCCAUCUUUUUAG